UUCUUCUACGCGCCGUUUAUCACUUCCUCGCAUGAUAAAAAUUCACUCUAUAUGAGUAAACGAAAAUCAAUAAGCAAUUUUAGUUUGACUUAAAAUUUCUUGUGAUUCAGAACGAAAGAAAAAAAUAAGAAGUGCUUUUCAAAAUGAGAAAAUUCAUCUUGGCAGUUUUUGCUGUAAUUUUAUUGGCAGCAGUGAUUGAAGCAACAAAAUCGAAAGAAUAUGUCAGACGAGAGUCAAAAGAUGCCAUGGAAGAUGCUGUUAGAUUUCUAAGUGAACAAAUUCAUCUUGACAGAGAUCAACGAAAGGAUUUAAUGAAGAAAUAUCUUAAGCAUGAAAUUAGUUUUGAGGAACUUGUGAAUGAAAUUGAUGCCGCACCAAGCAAAUAUCCACUUGAUUUGGAUGAGAAGCGUAAAAUGCAAAUUCAAUCAAUUAAGGAAAAAUUAGCUAAUAUUAAGGACAGCAAGUAUGCUCGCGAAGGUCUCUAAAGUAGUUUCUGUCAAUAGAUUUUAAGUUUUUGUGAAAAUAAAAAAUUGUUUUU